AUGGCGAGGCCUGGACACGCCAGGAGCCGUCCAUCGUUGGAGAAAGAUGAGGAUGAGGAAGACCCGGUGGACGCCAUGAUCUCGCGGACGGGCUGCAUGGCACAGCACCGGGAGCUGCAGGAGUGCAUGGCAGAGCGGCAGGACUGGCGGCACUGCCAGGCCCAGGUUCGGGCUUUUGGAGAAUGUAUG